GCGGUCACGCUGCACUGUUGACAUUGCGAAUCGCAUCACCUCCCACCCAUCCCAAACCCAACCCAACCCAACCCAACCGAAUCGCUCGCAUCGCAACGGGACGCCACCUCCCCUCUCCCUCCCAUGUAGCCUCGCCUCUCUCCUCUCCUCCUCUUUGCUUCGAUCUCUUUGCUACUACUACUAAUCGCGAGGGAGAGGGAGAGGGAGGAGGGAGAGGGAGGGCAUGGCGUCGGGGGUGUCGAGGAGCAUGGUGCUCACGCUGCUCGGCUUCUGCGUCAGCGUCCUCUUCAUCGUCUUCGUCUGCUCCCGCCUCCUCUGCGCGCUCCUCCGCCGCCGCCGCGCCCGCGCCCGCCUCCGCCGCUCCUCCCCUCUCGCCCACCUCGCCGCCGCCGGGGUCCUCUCCAUCUACAUCGACCGCCACCACCCUCCCUCCUCCUCGUCCGCCUCCUCCGGCCUCGACCCCGCCGCCCUCGCCGCCUUCCCCACCCGCGCCUUCUCCUCCUCCGACCCCUCCUCUUCGCCCUCCGCCGCCACCCAGUGUGUCGUCUGUCUUGCAGAAUAUGAAGAGAAAGAUGUUCUCCGUGUUCUUCCCUACUGUGGCCACGGUUUUCACGUGGCCUGCAUAGAUAUUUGGCUGAUGCACCAUUCAACAUGCCCAGUAUGUAGAAUUUCAUUGGGUGACUACCCUGAUAGCAAGCAGACGAUGUCUCCUUUACCAAGUGCAGCAAUAAUACCUCCAUGUUCUCCUGAAGCAUCAAGAUCAGAUCAAUGCAAUUGCCUAUUUGUCAGCACAGGGCAUUCACCAAGGACAUCACAGGUUGUUAGAAACGAACCUGACCAGGCGAAUCGGACUUUACGUAGUCCAUCAGUGGAAGGGGGGAACAGCUUGCCAUCAUCUGAAGUUAAUCCCCCUGGAGAGAAAUAGCGAUCAAACAAUGCAAAAAAAAAAAAAAACAGUAGAGUCCUCGUAUUCAUGA